AAUGCAAUAAGGGAGAGAGAAAGUAAAAAAUCUUUCACAUGCAUGCCCCAUCUAAUCUCUAAAGGCUAAACCGAUCUCAUUUGGUCAAAAGCAUUGAUUAUAAUCCACAAACAUAAUGACUAAAAUUGCUUGUCAGUAGAUCCUGUAGACUAAAGAGAUGUUUUGAUUAGAUUAAAGGAAGAUUAGAGACAUUUAUAGGGAUGAUUCAUCAUAUAGGACAAACAACAGGGAAAUAAGAAAACAUCAACUGGGUAUAUCCAAGAGUUUUUAUAUUCCAGCCAUUGGAAACCAAACCCAGGAAAGAAUUGAAUGCUGAUCAGUAGAUAUUAAGCAAAACUUUCUAUGGUGAUCCCAAUAUUCUACAAUAAAAACUUUAGAGGUGGCACAAAAAUACAGUAUAUGGUUUUUCAUCCUCACACUUGUUUCUGAUUUAAAGCAAAGAACAAAGACUGGAAAAAGAGAGGAGAGGGGCAUGGUAGUUAUCCUUAAAAAGUAGACAAUGAAUUGAUGGACAUGGAAUUAUACUAACAUGCAAAGCACUGUCCACCACAAGGACAUGUUAAAGAGGAAUUCCCACCCACCCCACCAACCUUAAUUGGCAUACCUUCUCUUUAUAAGAACUGUCUCUAACUGUCAUAACCUAAACAGAACUGUUGAUAGCAAUAGAAGCAAAAGAAAAAAUAUGCAGAAGCUGUACUGUCAAGUCUUGCUGUUGUCUUUCUUUUAUGCUUCCUCUCUGGCUCUCACAUGGAGCCAAGACAAGGAAUUCAACCAGGCUAAGAACUAUGAGGGAUCUUCUAAUCUAGUGGACCUUCAAUACCACAUGGGUCCUGUCCUGUCUUCUACUAUCAACCUCUACAUAAUCUGGUAUGGUCAUUGGAAUCCAAAACACCAAGCAACCAUCAGAGAUUUCAUCUAUUCCUUAUCUGCUUCAUCUCCUUAUCCUUCUGUUGCUGACUGGUGGCGCACUGUCCGUCUUUACACGGACCAGACAGGAUCAAACAUCACUAGCAAUAUUGUCCUCUCAGGAGAGUUCUAUGACUCAAGAUACUCACAUGGUGGUUAUCUUAGUCGUUUAGCCAUUCAAUCUAUCAUCAAAACUGCAGUCACCUCACAUCCAAGAGCAUUACCUCUCAAUGCUCACAAUGGUCUCUACUUAGUACUAACCUCAUCUGAUGUCCAAGUUCAAGACUUCUGCAGAGCAGUCUGUGGAUUCCACUACUUCACUUUCCCAAACAUUGUUGGCGUGACUGUGCCCUAUGCUUGGGUUGGUUAUAGUGGAACUCAGUGUCCAGGAAUGUGUGCCUACCCAUUUGCCUGGCCAAAAUAUUCAGGCAAGCCACCACCAAGCACAAAUGGAGGCAACAACAUAAUGAAGGCACCAAAUGGAGAUCCAGGUGCUGAUGGAAUGAUCAGUGUGAUUGCUCAUGAGCUAGCAGAAGUGUCAAGCAAUCCACUUGUGAAUGCAUGGUAUGCUGGGGAUGAUCCGACUGCACCCCAAGAAAUUGCAGACUUGUGUUUGGGUGUGUAUGGGUCUGGUGCAGGUGGUGGCUAUGUGGGUGAGGUGUCAAGGGACCCAUGGGGGAAUGGGUACAAUGUCAAUGGAAUCAAGAGGAGGAGGUUCCUGGUGCAGUGGGUAUGGGACCCAGUGAAAAGGAGAUGCUUUGGUCCCAAUGCUAUGGACUAGCACAUAGUGGAUAUCUUUCAUUUCUUCCAACACCUCUUCCUUUUGACACCUCAAAAGGCAAGAUGAAGCUUUUGAGAAGAAGUAUAUGGGAAUGCAAAGAGUGCUAGGUUAGCAAGUUGUUGGGGAAUGACUUACUUUGUCAUGUUUUAAGGGUUGAUAUUCAGAGA